GCGCCAUUUUCUCCCUCCCAUGCAGUACUACACGAAUGCUCUGAUUUCUCCUUGUCUUCUGCUUCUGAGACGUCUCACUCAAGCUUCAGCUCAAGUGCAUCAACUAUAAUCCUAGAUGAUGUCCCUAGCAAGAGACAAAAAUUUGAGGAUACACGUGAUGCUGUGUCUGCUGAACAGGCACUGCCCCACUAAAGCAAUCAGAGAAGAUUAUGCACGUGGGAUAGUGAUGUUGUUCCCUUCCCUCAAGGAUCCAUACUCCAAGAAGGGCUAUGAACACUUCUAUGACGCUGCAAGCAACACAGGAUACAUUUCUUGGCGUCUGAAAACAGUCCAGAGGAAGAUUCGUCGAGGAUCUGCACUGCCACCAAAUAGCCCAACUGACUUUUCUCCAGGGGGCCCAAAUUUCCAAAGGACUGUUAAUGUUGAAAGGCAGCUUGAUGGUGAUGCUUGCCAAGAGGCCAUGUCUUUGCUCAACCAUACCACAGACAAUUCCCUGAUUUUCCAGAAGAUGAGAGAGACCUUUCAGCACCGUCAGAAGCUCGUUAAUGGCCCAGGCAGAAGUGUUGAUAUCCUCUCCAGCUUCCCAAGAUUCCUGGAUACAAAAGGAUUGGUGGACCAAGACUUCACUCUCCUAUUUGAUGGCGACACAUCCUCCAGGCUUCUUCAGAAAUGGGAUUUGUUCUUCAAGCCAAAUGUCAUAAAAGAGGCUAAGCGGCUCACCUCAACACCAGAGUUGCGUCGCUUGGUGCAGUCAGCAGAAAGUCCCCCAGGGAGUGAUCUUGAUGAGGCAAAAACCUACGACCAAGAAAUGGCUUCCCUGUUGUUGCUGUUACAUCUCCUUCCACCACCUCCAGGGGGACUGAAGUCUCCAAAAAUGUGUGCAUGUGAUGCAGUUGAGAGACUUGUUGUCUUUCAUAAGUCAUGCUGCAGUUUGGAGGAGCAUCUACGCAACCAGCAGGGUUGGCAGCCGUACCUCCUCGCUGUUGGGCGUCAGAAGAGCAAGAUUGAGAGCUUCUACAUCACAAUGGAUAAGCGUCUCAUCCCAUGCAAGGCAAACCGCUCCCUCGGGGCAUGUGAUGAACUUUUGAAAGCACAUUUUGUGUUUAAUUUGUCUUAUGAUGUGGCACUUGUGAAUUUUUACACAUUCCUGCAGACAACAGUGUAUAACAUUGAUGUGGGGAAAAUGAAGGAGUCACCCAGAGUUAAAGACUUGAGAGCCAGACUGCUUAACCAGCCAGUAGCACUCACUCUGUGAGUAAGAAGCUAUAACAAUGUUGACCUGUUUCAUGUGUCAGAAAUAUUAUCCCAGCAGUCAACAGUUGAUUUCACAUUUAAGAGUUGAACAUGGUUACUAUCCUGGACCCAAGUUCAAAUUGUUUUGUUCUCAGCAAGGCUGUAGGCAUCAGUUCCUAACAUAUACAGGUUUUCGGAAGCACCUUAAUAGUGUUCAUAGUAAUGUUCAGCAAAUUGCUCAAACUUCAACUGUUGCAUGUUCAUCUAGUGAGCCAGUUGCAACUUCAUCUCAGGCACAUGCUUUGGAGGACACAUUUAAUCCACAAAAUCAAUGUAGCUCUUCCAGUGUUUAUUCUGGGAGCAAUGAUUCAGGACUUACUAAAGAAAUGUGUGCAUCCAUUGUGGCCAAAUUACAGGGGAGUGGGAUUUCCAACAGUUUGGUAUCGUCAAUUGUAGGAGAUUUGGAAGAACUAAUGAGUGAGAUUCACUCACAAGCAAAGCAUACAGCUAUUUCUGCUUUACCUAUAACUGACCCCAACAUAUCUGUGAUAAAUGAAUCUUUUGAAGAUUAUGAAAACCCGUUCACAAAUCUAAAUACAGAAUGGAAACAAAAUAAAUACUACCACCAAAAAUGGGGAGUUGUCGAGCCAGUAGAAAUAACACUGGGAGUGAGAUAUGACAACAGGUGAAAUCAGAAAUCCGGUACUUAUGAUCAAGUAACUGUGAAGGAUACUUUUAUAUAUGUGCCGAUUUUAGAAACAUUGAAGUUCAUGUGCAGAAAUCCAGACAUUUCUGUUUUGCUAAAGAAAGAGUGUAGAUCAGAGCCUGGCACUUAUACUGACUUUUUUGAUGGAAGUUAUUUUAAAACCCACCCUUUGUUUACAGCUAAUAGACAUGCAUUACAAAUCCAACUAUACUAUGAUGAUUUUGAAACAGCCAAUCCCCUUGGCUCCAAACGUGGAAUUCACAAAAUUGGCUCUCUUUAUUUUGUUGUAAGAAACUUUCCCCCAAAAUUUAAUUCAGUUUUGAUGAACAUUCAUUUGGUAACACUUUUUCACACACAAGAUCUGCACAAGUAUGGUUUUGAUGUUAUACUAGAACCGUUGAUAAAUGAUUUGAAAAAACUAGAAAGCCAAGGGCUAAGUCUUCCAUUUUCAGAUGAGCAGGUAUAUGGUACAAUCUGUCAGAUCACUGGAGAUAAUCUAGGGAUGCACACAAUUCUUGGUUUUAAUGAGUCAUUCAGUAGCCGUUAUUUCUGUCGCCUUUGUUUGAUUGAGAAGAAUGAUUGUCAAACGGUAUACAGUGAGGAUGAUCCUAAGGUGAUCCUUCGUGGAAAAGAUAUGUUUGAAAUGCAUUGCCAGUCUCUCCAGGAAAACCCACAAUUGAAGUCACUUUAUGGUUUGAAAAAAAGAUCUACACUUAAUUCAUUGAAGUAUUUGGGUGUGGUUCAGUAUGAGAUCAAAUUGCUUUUUGGAUAUCUCACACAACACUUUAUGUCAGAACAGGACUUGCUUUCCAGGAUUUAUGGUUUUGAUUCUGGAUUUUUAGAACUAAAAAAUCGUCCUACAAAGAUUAUUUUGGAGAGUGUUGGCAAUGGCAUUGGUUUGAAUUCUAUUCAGACAUUGUGUCUUGUGAAAAACAUCCCACUGUUGUUUGGUGACAUUAUUCCUGCAGGAAACAAAAACUGGAAUUUGUUACUGUUGUUACUUCAAAUAAUGAACAUAGUUGUUUCACCUUCUCUCACUCUAGGUAUGACAAUAUAUUUAAAGCAUUUGAUUGUUGACCACCACAAACUAUUUAAGCACUUGUAUCCACAUAGAAACUUGAUACCUAAGCAUCAUUUUAUGAUCCAUUACCCAUCUUCUAUAAGGAAAAUUGGCCCCUUAUUAUAUACGUGGUGUAUGAGGUUUGAGGCCAAACACAAGCUGUUUAAAGAUUGUUUUAAAAAUUUCAAAAACAUAACCAAAUCGCUUGCUAAAAAGCAUCAGAUGGCCAUUGCUUAUCACUGGGAAACCUUCACCCUCAAACAAAAUGAGUAUGGGCCAAUUAAAUCUUUUCUCUUCAGAGAUGAGAAUGUCGUCAACAAUGAAAUGCUUGAAACGAUCUUGUCAAAAGAUGUUUUCUCAACUAGUUGGGUUAAAGUUGAUGGUGUAGAGUAUAAAGCUGGACUAGUUAUUUGCAGUGCAAUGGAAGAAGACAUGCCAGUCUUUUGUCAAAUAAGUGAUGUACUUUUGGUUGAAGAUCAAAUUUGUUUUUGGACAAACAAGCUAUUUACAGAGAAUUUUGAUGACCAUCAUCAUGCAUUCAGAGUAUUACGAAGUGUGGAAAGAUGUCUACUAAAAAUGUCUGAGCUUAAAUUUCAUAAACCGUUUGAUAUUCAAAGCUCAUACAAUGUUUCAGAUGAAAGUAUGUACAUUAUACCUUCAUUCACAAUGUUUUAAUUCAACUGACUGCAAGGGAGAAAAGGCACAAAUAAAUGUUUUUGAGAAUGA